AUAUAGGGACUGUGUACUAUCUGUGAAAAAUAGUAUUUAAACGGUGUCUAUAUUCGAGUGUACGAGCAGCGUAUGCACACAGACUCACGCAUACUAGUAUACCUCAUAACUCAGGGCCUUGAAGAACCUACAUUUUAAAAAUAAUUACUGCAUUGUGUCCUUGGCGCAAGGACUAGAGUUGGAUUUGAACCAUAGCCAUGCGGGAUAGACGACACUGUCUGCCGUGUAACUAACAUGGUCUUCGGAACGUGGCUUUUGUCCACACAAACCUGCCACUGUCAGUGCGAAAAUCAUUUUUCACCAGCUGGAGACAUUAUCUGUAGUUCUGUUCACUUUGUAUAUUGACUUCCUGAGGCUCCGGUUCACAUCUUUUAAAUAUGUCGUCGAUCAAGCUUCCGGCGGAUCAGGUGUACAACAUGAGUUUAUGUGAGAACUAUCCCGAGGACUACAAGUUUUGUCAGAAUGAUAGCACGUGUAGACUGUACGUAGCGCCGUGUGAUCCAAGGAGCGAACCGACUCGUGUCAACAUUGAGAUGGCGGUGAUCAUAUCAGCUGUGUUUCUGUGUUUCGUCAUCUUCAUCGUCACUAAUGCCAUUCACAGAAUAAGGCAGGCGAAACAGCAGUCUGCAAUAUCGAAUAUGAUUGGUCAAGUGCCCAUUCUUGACUGACAGUUCGGAAAGGUCAGCUUGAAAAACAGUUGAAUAUUUGAUCCUCUGUGGUAUUGCAGAUGACGGCGAGACGAAUGAGGAAAAGUCUGCGAAACAGAGACAUCGAGCUACGAGGCUAACCCCAACAGCGCUACAUAGUCUGGAGACCACGAGCUACGUCACACAGAUACAGAUUCGUGGAUCGUGGCUUGUGACGUCAGCGGAGAGGGGUUCCAGGCUAAUUGAAGAGUAGGACAUUAACCAACUGGCUGGUUCUCUCCCCUUGACGUCUGGUGGCGCUAAUACCUUUAGUUGUACUAUAUCGAAUCACGCAGAAUACGUUAGGGAACCAGACCUGAGGCACAUGCGUCACCUUAAUUGAAAGCCCUUUUCGAGCUACAUGUACAUUUGAUUUAUUACGCAAGGCAAACAAUGUGCUUAUCUUAUAAAUAACUACGCCUGCGUAGUUAUUGCUACAUAUACAUUGGCUUACUGUUUACUGAAGUUCACAAUCUUAUUUGAGGCAAGGACUCUCUUCUGGUUUACGUUCACGGUGUUUUUGAAGCGUAUGCCCCUGUUAACUGGGGACUCAGGUUCAAUCCCCGCGUAGGGCCAGUGAGGCUCGAGAUUUUACAACUUGACAUUCAAUAUUUUGGGUCGGUCAAAUGUUGUGCACAUGUCCUCUUGUUUGAAACACGACAAUAAAAACAUGUCCAUUUCCAUAAAAAAAUGAAAUGUAUUUUCUUAGCUUGCAUUGUAAGCAAUAAACACCGAACAAGCACAUGGUGUAGGUCUACAAAACUGAUAGCAGUACCUAUCAGCUUGUGUAACCGUGGCAUGCAGUCGAUGGCGAUGAGAAAGGUUCGAAUAUCACUGGGUUUGCUGUCACACAGGAAGUAGUAGUCCAGUGUUAGUAAUUUUUAUAUAGUUUUGCUGUAUGAUACUGCAUGAACUCUGGCCGGCCGAGUUCGUCUAGUGAGUUUGCUCCCACAAGCUGACAGUCACGUUGGUCUACCAUUUGUAGUAAUACUACUGGCGGGGCUCAGUUCUACCAAAACAUGAGGCAUUAUUUUUAAUUUUGAUUCUAUUCAGUGUGUAUGCUGAUUCUCUGAUCGGAUCUCUUGAUAAUGUCAUCGGCCAAGGUAAAUUGUUAUUGCUUUGUAUUCUCGGGAAAAAAAUUCUUAUAUUUGACUGAUUUGAUUGUUUUUACCGCCCUACUGAAGAAUUUUCACUUAUAUCGAAGUAAACCAGAUAUAGGCUGGGGGAACCCACGACUGCCCGCGAGUUACUGACAGAGGAAGCCACCUGUUCUUAUGGCAAGCCGUUUUGGCCCAUAUUGAUGAGCUCCAGCUUUGUCUGGA